CUUAUAGUAAUUUUAAUUAGAUAUACCAUAUCGUUAUUUAAGUUUAGCUCUGCUUGCUGGAGUGCACUAGUGUAGAAUUCACCGACUCAGUGAGAUAUUUGAAUCUAUCCAGAGCCGUGAUGGAAGCAGUAUACAGGUGGAAACCUCCUUUGUCUUGUCCAGAGGAUGUUGUUAGAGUUGGGAACGCGAGCGUUUCAGCAACUACUACUGCUACCACUACUUCUGAAUUGCGUCUAGGGUCAGCUGAGGCUAAUUGUUACCUCCAGCUGGAAGCUCCUGCUGAACGAAAUGUUACCGGGUCAGAUAUGUCGGAUCGGCUUAUCAAGAUCCAGAUCGCAAAUCACCCUCUUUAUCCUGAUUUACUGGCUGCAUACAUAGGAUGCCAAAAGGUUGGAGCACCACCGGAACUGAUAUCGCUUCUUGAAGGAAUAGCCCGAGAAAGCCACUCCAUGAAUGCUCACCGUGAGAUAGGGAAUGGUCCUGAACUUGAUGAAUUCAUGGAAACGUACUGCGAAGUUCUUCAUAGAUACAAAGAGGAGUUGUCAAAGCCCUUCAAUGAAGCGACUUUGUUUUUGGGUAAUAUGGAAUCACAACUCAGCAAUCUUUGUCAGGGAACACUAGCAAAGUCAUCGGACAACAACCGCUCGGCUGGUGGAGCAUCAGAGGAGGAGUUAAGUUGUGGGGAGAUGGAAGCUGUUGAAAGCCAUGUAUCUUCUUCUUCUGGUACUUGCCCAGGUGAUCAAAAGCUUAAAGAAAUGCUUCUUCGCAAGUACAGUGGCCAUUUUAGCAGUUUGAAAAAGGAAUUUCUAAAACGAAGGAAAAAGGGGAAGCUGCCACGGGAUGCAAGGAUGGCACUGAUGGACUGGUGGAACACCAAUCAUAGGUGGCCAUAUCCUACGGAGGAAGAGAAAGUGAAAUUAUCAGAAAUUACUGGACUGGAUCAAAAGCAGAUAAAUAAUUGGUUCAUCAACCAGCGAAAACGGCAUUGGAAACCAACUGAGGAUAUGCGAUUUGCCAUUGUGGACGGUGGCAGAGGAGGACCUAUGUUUUUGUAGUUCUGCAAGUGGCACCUCAACAUGUACCCCUAUGCUGGAGUAAUGUAAGCAUUCCUAUAUAUUCCAAAAUAUACAUAUUUUUGGAGUCUGCAUUAUUGUAUAUGCCCAAGUACGUUUGGCUUGUAUCCUUGUCAAAGUUAUAGUUAUGGUAGGGUAGUGCGUCAUUGUUGUUCGACAUUAAUUUUUGGUAAACCAUGAAUGAUGUUCAACAC